GGAAUCAGUCGUGUCCAAUCGAGGGCCGAGCGUUAAAAAAACGAGUUCCAAAACUUUUGAAGAAGCUCCUUUAUUGUCUAAGACAACUGAGCAAAGAUUCCUUUUAAAUACAUCCAAAACAAAGUUUCAUUCGGGUUCUCAUUAGAUUGUAACAGUAUGUAACGCUUCUACAAACGACUUUGAGUGAAGUUUUUUCCUCCUUGGAGAGAAGAUUUUCCAAAGACAUGAGCAUCAGAUCCCAGCAGCUCAGGGACUGAGAGCAUGGCAGCGCAGUUCACCAUUGAUGAUGCCUUCGUGUUGGAUGGAGAUGAGGAGGAGGCUGUGAGUGAUGGAGACCCGGAGGGCUGGAAGAGCAGAGACAGGGACAGAGACGGAGAGAUGACGUUUGGGCCCCUGUCUUUCUCCAAACCGCAGACCCACCCUUCAGCUGCAGGCACAAGCUCACCUGAUCACAGCAAUAUGAAGUAUCAGAAUCUGGAAAAUGAAGACGCAAUGGGCAACAAUGGCAAUUCUUCCUUCAAUAACUUCUUCAAAAUCAGUGAUCCGGCAACUCUGUCGUACUGCAGCUCUCAGUGGUCCUUCAGCACCCUGAGCUCGGUCACGCAGCUCUCGGCACACUGCUGCGGGUGGGUCUCCCAUCCGCUGGUGAAGAAAAACAGACGAGUUGUCCUUGCUUCAUUCCUCCUCCUCAUUACUGGAGUUGCUCUCAUUUUCACAGGGAUUGUUAUACAGCUAAAUCCAAAUGCAGGUGUUUCAAGUGCUAUUUUCUUUGUACCUGGAUUUCUUCUUUUUAUCCCUGGAGCGUAUCACGUGAUCUACAUCACCUGUGCUGUCCAGGGUCGAAGAGGCUUCAAAUUUUUCUACUUGCCUUACUUUGAAAAAUGAGAUUUCACUACGCAUUACAUUUCACUCCAUUCCUGGUGUUCUAUUUCAAUGAACUGUUGUUUUCAUUGUAACUUCUGUAGCAUAAUAUACUGUCACAUUGUUGUUGUUUUUUUUUAUCAUUGUAAUGACCACUGCUACUUGAACCACUCUGUGCCUUGACUACAUUUCCCCUACAUGAACUAACGUUGCUCUGUGUACACACUAAAAGGAGAUUGGUCUUGCCUGUGGUUUUUAGUGUUGUGUGAAUAAUGUCUGUGAAUAAAAAAUAAAAAAGUGUAUAUAUUUUAA